GCGGGGUCCUUCGGCGACGGGGACGGAGGGAGCGGGACGGCGGCCGCGAUGAACCUGGAGCUGCUCGAGUCCUUCGGCCAGAACUACCCCGAGGAGGCCGAUGGCACGCUGGACUGCAUCAGCAUGGCCCUGACCUGCACCUUCAAUCGCUGGGGCACGCUGCUGGCCGUGGGCUGCAACGACGGGCGCAUCGUCAUCUGGGACUUCCUCACCAGGGGCAUCGCCAAAAUCAUAAGCGCUCACAUUCACCCCGUCUGCUCCUUAUGCUGGAGUCGAGAUGGUCACAAACUGGUGAGUGCUUCGACCGAUAACAUUGUGUCGCAAUGGGAUGUGCUCUCUGGAGACUGCGACCAGAGAUUUCGAUUUCCUUCGCCUAUCUUGAAAGUUCAGUACCACCCUCGAGACCAAAACAGAGUUUUGGUUUGUCCCAUGAAGUCGGCGCCAGUGAUGCUAACGCUGUCAGACUCCAAACAUGUUGUCCUACCUGUGGAUGAUGAUUCUGAUCUCAAUGUUGUGGCCUCCUUUGACAGGCGAGGGGAAUACAUUUAUACGGGCAAUGCCAAGGGGAAGAUCUUGGUCUUAAAAACAGACACUCAGGAUCUUGUUGCUUCCUUCAGAGUGACAACUGGAACCAGCAACACCACAGCUAUUAAAUCGAUUGAAUUUGCUCGGAAAGGAAGCUGCUUUUUAAUAAACACAGCGGACCGGAUAAUCAGGGUCUACGAUGGCCGUGAAAUUCUAACUUGUGGACGAGAUGGGGAGCCUGAACCGAUGCAGAAGCUGCAGGAUUUAGUGAACCGGACACCAUGGAAGAAGUGCUGUUUCUCUGGUGAUGGUGAAUAUAUAGUGGCAGGUUCAGCACGACAGCAUGCUCUGUACAUUUGGGAGAAGAGUAUUGGAAACCUAGUGAAAAUCCUCCACGGGACCAGAGGAGAGCUACUCUUGGAUGUAGCAUGGCAUCCUGUCCGACCGAUCAUAGCUUCUAUUUCAAGUGGUGUUGUAUCAAUAUGGGCUCAGAAUCAAGUGGAAAACUGGAGUGCCUUUGCACCUGACUUCAAAGAGCUGGAUGAAAAUGUAGAAUAUGAAGAGAGAGAGUCAGAAUUUGACAUUGAAGAUGAAGAUAAGAGUGAACCAGAACAGACAGGUGCUGAUGCUGCAGAAGAUGAAGAAGUGGAUGUAACUAGUGUGGAUCCCAUUGCUGCCUUCUGUAGCAGUGAUGAAGAACUGGAGGACUCCAAGGCUUUGCUUUACUUACCCAUUGCUCCUGAAGUUGAAGAUCCAGAAGAAAACCCCUAUGGACCUCCACCAGAUGCGGUUCAGAGUUCUUUAACUGAUGAGGGAAUAGGAUCCGAGAAGAAGAGGCAGUCCUCCUCUGAUGGACCUCAGGCACCAAAGAAGAAGCCCAAAACCACCAACAUUGAACUACAAGGAGUACCUAAUGAUGAAGUCCAUCCGCUGCUGGGUGUGAAGGGAGAUGGUAAAUCCAAGAAGAAGCAAGCAGGCAGGCCUAAAGGAUCAAAAGGUAAAGACAAAGAUUCUCCAUUUAAACCGAAACUCUACAAAGGGGACAGAGGUGCUUUACCUCUGGAAGGAGCAGCGAAGGGUAAAGUGCAGGCGGAGCUGGGACAGCCUUUGACAGCAGGUGGUGCAAUCUCAGAAUUGUUAUGAAGACAUUCUUCUCUAUCUUCCUGUAUUCUUUCCUAUAUUGACACCAUAAUGUGGAAAAUAGAUGAAAUGCUCAGUCAGAGUGGACUGACUAAUACAGCAGACUGAUUGUUCAUGGAUUCAGGGAGUGACUUUUGUAAGAAAUGAAUAUGGAAGAGGAAACGGCCUUCAUUCCUCCUUAACUGCCUCUUCAUCGAACAGUGUAAGAUGCUGACUCUCAGGUCAUGUGAUUUGCAAAGAGACUAAUUGGACUGCCUUUGUGUUGACAUAUAUAACUAUUUCUAAAGUGAGCUGGUACCCAACACUCUGCCACUCCAGAUCUUAUCAGCCGUUGUCUUUUAAAUAUUUUUUUGUUUUGUUCCUGGAUUGAAGAACACCCAAAGUGUGUAUUUUUAUUCCUGAUGCCGUAUGACUGUGUAUCCUGCAAACUUCCCUUUCUUUGCUGUUAAUUUUCAUUUUGGUGAGUUGUAAGUCCUUCUAUGCCAGCUGUAUUACCUUAUCAGCUUUUCUGUUAGCUCAGUGUGAUGUCUUCUAUGCUGACAUGCUUAGUGAAACACUGCUGCUGAUUAUGUGCCAGGUUUGAUUUCAUCUCAAGUGGAUAGAGCUCUAAUGUGAAGAAUCAAGACCCCCUCUGAAGUCUGCAAAGAAUGAAUCUUCGUAUUGUGAAUAUUUUAGACAUGAAGGAUGACUCAGCUUAUGGAGGGAGAAGGAAAAAGUGAAAGUAGCUCUAGAUAAAAUACUCAGUGGAUAUGCUUUCUUCUAGCCUGUGAUGUGAAAAGCUGUGUUGGCAGUUUCUUUCUGUCCUUGCAAGUGUUUUUAUUCUUUCUCUUUCCUGUGAGGUUCCCUACCAGAAACAAUUGGUUUCUUCCUUAGCUGGUAGGUACUGGCAGUUAGAGAAAAAACAGAACCAAUAUUUCUCCAAACUGAAACAGUAGUUUUUCAGCUUUUUGUCCCCCCACCCCUCCAAACUUCUGGAUCAAGAAUGGAAGAAAGAUGAAUGCUAACAGCUCAUUCCCAGCCAUGCUUUAACCUUUUAUUCCUUGAAGAUGGUUGUGAUAUUUUCCUAGUGGGAAUGGCAAGAGGCUCUUUCUCUAUCUGAUACCUACAGCCUGACACCUCUCUGUGCUAGACCAACUGCCUGUUAAAAGAAAGUUUUCAUUCCUAAUGCCCCUUGUUUUAUAGACUUUUAUAGGUCCUGUGCAAUUACUUCAGUUUUUCCCCAGAUGUAAUUAUUGAGAUUAUCACUACGUAUUUAAUUUUCAAAGUAUCCUGCAGACAUUAAAAACCAAGAAGAGGAGUCAUAAAGAGAUUUAUUAAUUUACAGUCGGAAGUAUGCAGUAGUUGCAUGAGAUAGAAGCAUGGGAGGAGAGGAGACAUUUCAAAUCGGGUUUUUUGAAACUGGUAUUUUCAUUUCCUGCUUUGGUACAGUGGCCUGCUUCAUUUAAUGAAAUCCAUUCCCUUGCGUACAGUUUUAGUUUUCUUUGUUCUUUCUGCCUGUAGGAUGACUCGCAUCUUUCCUGGAACGUUGUUACGUCAAAUCCACCCAUAUGUGGUGUGGCUGAUCCCACAAGCUUUAAAAGAUGCAAAGGCAAUGGUUCUCUAUAUUGUUUUAAAGCAUAUGAUUUGCCACAGACUCCAGCCUUCGUUUCUGUUAAAACUUCUCUGUACAGUGUAUAUGUCCUUGGUUUAUUUUCUUCCAUCUCUUAUUUUAUUUUCUGGUAUCUGUAGUUUUGUACAAUAUUUGUCAGAUACUGGCUUGAUGGUAGUAUAUAGCAGUGAUGUUAGUUUUUGUGUUUGUAAAUAAAGAGGUAUGUUUUAUUUCCUAAAGUCAAUGGGUAAGUCUUGGCUUUUCCAUACAACCAUCAUUGUUUAUAUUGUGACAAUGUUUAGGAAUCCUACAACACAGCUCUGGUGCAAACACCAAUAUAUUGUGCCUUCACCACAGCUGGUGUGUUGUUGGUUGGUUUCUUUGUGUGGCACUUGGUUGAUGAUCUCUUUUCAAGAGAGAAGUAAAUUUGUAGUCUAAUAAAACCCCCGUGUACCCGAGUGCAGCCUCGGCACUCUGAGGCAGACACACGAAAGGGGAGCUGAACACAAAGCAUGCUGGGUGUAGAGUGCACCUCCAGGGAAAUUGAAUGUGGAAAAUACAUAUACUAGAUCUUCAGAAGUCUUAAUUUUAAGAAAUUAAGGAUUGUUAGGAAGAGAAAUGUGGAUAUUCGUUAGCAGAGCUGUUGAAGAACAUGGCAAUCCAAAUCCUUUCUGCAAUCCGUAAUUCAGUUGCUGGUAAGGAGACACUCUUUAUUGAACUGCCUUGACCAUAGUUCAAUUACUCCAUCAAAAAUAAGUAACUUUGAUUUUUUUUUUUUUCACAAAGAACUUUUUUAGUAGUGCAUUAUUUUUUUGGAAUGCUUGAGCACUAAGUGAAUUACACUGGGAUGUCUCCUUUUCAAGCGUUUUGCUGCAAUGGCAGCAUACGAGUGGUUUCUGUUUUACAGAUGCAUCGGUUGAAUGUGGAGAUUUUGGCUUAUAACUCUCUUCGGAGUCGGUGGCUGUACGUGACACAGAGCACGAGGCUUAGGCUUGCAGCUCCUCUGAGUGAUGCUGUGAGGCCAGUGCUGUUGAAUACCUUCUGAGUCCCAUAGUGGAUGUCAGGAGCCUAAUACGAUGCUUUUAUGCUGAGUCCUCAUCUCGGAGGACUUGCUUUGGCUUCACACAUAGGGGAGUUCUUUGUUCUCCCUCGGAAGGUUUGGGGCUGCGUUCUGACCCGGGCAGCUGGACUGUGAUGUUGGCACUGCUCCCCUGGGAAUGCAGGCUCGCGCAGAUGUGAGUGACUCUGCUGAGCCCUGCAUAGAGAUGGGUAUCAUCAGUGAUAAAAUACAGUUCAGCUUCCUUUGGAUGUCAGUGCCGUCAGACUCUAGAGGUUGAAAUCGUGUUUUCGUGAUCUUGGUAA